AUGAAUGAAGAUGUUUGUCUUUUAAAGAUUAUUCCAACAGCAGAAGAAGUACAAAAUGAAGAUUGCAUUGAAAUUGGAGCUUCCAAAUUUGGUGGUUGUCCUGAUUUACCAGAUUCUAUCAAUUGGCCACAAGGAAUUGACUCAAAUCCUGCCAAAUUCAUUGCUCAAAUCAAUUUGCAUGAUUUGAGAUUUUAUCACAGUCCAAAAGGUGUUUUACCUCAAAAGGGAUGGUUAUUCUUUUUUGUUGGAGUGGACAAUGCAAAUCAUUCACAAGAUAUGAAACAAGUAUUUAGUUUUUAUUGGAAUGGAUCAAGGGAUGAAAUGAAAAGAAGAUUAUCAUCCACAUUUGAAACUCCAACUCGAUUGAUUUUUGAUGAAAAUUCUGAACAAGUGGAGAAUGAUUAUCCAGAUAGCUUUUCUUUUUAUUCGAAUCCAAUUCAAUUGUUUGGACAUUCACUCUUUGUGACCUAUCCAAUCACUACAAUGCUAUUGUAUGCAUCUGGUUAUGUAUUCUUUUUGGAAAGUGAAAUUGAGGUAAGAAAGAGAAAGGGAAUUCAAUCCCUAAUUAACAGAUAUGAAAGAAGGGGAACAACUGAUUAUAUUUCACCAACGAAUAUUUCAAUUCUAUCACAAGAAGCAUAUGAUAACAGUGGUCAAAGUAACACCUUCUUAACAUUUGAUUCAACUGCGUUGAUUUUUAAGAGAUAUAGCUCUGUAUAUCAGAGUAGAGUUACUGAUUGGGAUACAAAUUCAUUUCUGCCACCAUUUGUUAAGAGGCACGAACCAAGUAGAGAAAAUGAACAGGAAACUGUUAAGUUUUGGAGAAGAAGUGAAAUACUGACUCCUGGUCAAGUGAUUUCACCUCCUAAAAAAUUGAUUACUGCUAAUUUUAUAACAGAGGAUCCGAUCAAAACUUCAGUAGACGAAUCUCUUCCUGAUACAAUUUUAAAUAAGGACAAGUGUUUUAGAAUUAGUUCUAUACUAGCACCAGAAGAAUGUGCAGCAUUAAGAGUUGCAUCUUUACCUUUCUAUACUAAUAUCCAAUCUGAAUAUCCGAAAGAAUAUAGAAAUUGUGAGAGAGCUCUUUUAAAAAGUCAAAAGUUAGCCGACUUGUUGUGGGAACGAAUUAAGCCAUACCUCAAUGAGAAUGAUUUUAAGAAUGUGCUACCCUAUGGUUUUGAUAAUAAUGGAGUGUGGAAACCAAUGGAAAUUAAUCCGUGCUUUCGUUUUUCAGCUUACAAACCAGACACUUAUUUCAAACCUCAUAAGGAUGCACAAUUUGUUAGAAAUGAUAAUGAAAAGAGCAUUUUCACACUUCUUAUUUAUUUGAAUGGAGUAAAUCAAGGUGGUUCCACAACGUUCCUUCAAAAGAUAAGAGAUCAAGAAGCUGAGGAUGGAUCUGGAAUGACCUUUAGAGUUUUACAUGAUGAAAACCCUGAGGAAGGUUCUGUCAUACUAUUCAAUCAUGAUCUCUAUCAUCAAGGUUCUGUUGUACGAUAUGAAAAGAUUGUAUUGAGAACUGAGAUUAUAUUUAAGAGAGUUGAUGCAUUGAGUGUUCCUCGUUCUGACUAUAGAAAUACAGAGGAAUAUGUCAAAGUUAGACAAUUAAUUGAGGAAUCGAAUGAACUGGAAAAGCAAGGAGAUACCAAGCAAUCUCUGUUGAAAUACCUUCAUGCAUUGGAUUUACAAACUAACAUGUCUCCAUCUCUUCAAUGGUCAGAUUUGAGUAAGAAGAGCAAUGUAGAAAGAUUACCUGAGGAAAUUAUUGGAAUAAUUUGCUCCUUCUUAACAAGUAGAGAAAUUGCUAGACAAAUGAUUCCUCUCUCUAUUUUAUUGAACUCUUAUUCUAGAAGUCCAAUCAUUUGGAAGGAGAAAUAUUAUCAAGAGUGGCAUCAUUCUUCGAAUCCUGAAAUUGAAUACGAAGACAAUAGUAAUCUUGAUGAUUUGGUUGUUUACUUUAGUGAUAAUGGAAUGCCAGUGGAAUGUAAUCGAAAUGAAAUAAUUUACAAUGAAAAUUCUAAGGAAUACAAGGAUUGGUAUGCAAUGUUCAUUUCAAGAAAGUAUAUGGAUUUGUUCUGGUCUCCUGUUCUACUUGAUCCAGGAACUUCUUCCUAUCGUUAUUCUCUACAAAAUUCAGAGACUGCAGAUAAGGAUAUUAUGGUAUGUGGUAAACCACAUCAUCCACAUUUCAAUUUACCAGGAUUUGGUAUGUACGACAUUCUUGCAGGGAGUAGAGCAGCAAACAUUAGGAAUUCACAUUUGAUAUCUCGUCUUCCUCUUGUUGAUGCUUGUGGAAGAAUUGAAGAUUAUUUAAAUUUCAAGACUUUCCUAUUUCAAUUAUAUGAAAAUGACUUGAACGUCAAAUUUCAAACACAUCCACUUGUGUUAGCUGUCCCAUUUUCUUGGACAGAGAAAGAUAUUUUGAUGGUUAAAAGAAUAAUUAAUGAGCUUGGAAUUCAGCUAUCAUGUCUAAUAGACUCUUCCAAAUUGAUUGCUUACAAUUAUUCGAAACCUAAUUGUAUUUUAUUGAAUAUUUCAGCAAGUGGUACUGCUUGUGUACCAAUCAGAAACUAUGAGCCACUGAAUGAAAUGAAAAUAUUUGAGCCAUUCAAUGUUUCUUCCAUUCCUCAUUCUAUGAAUUUUUGGGAUAAUAUUUAUGGAGCUCUCAGAGUAGUACUGAUGGUGCCUCCAACCCCACUGGAACAAUACGAAACAAUGAAGGAAAAGUGGGAAGGUAUCACUUAUGGAACUAAUUAUGGAGUGGAGGUGAAUUAUAAUCAACAUGUAUUUGAGGCAGAAACUUUACUUACUAUUGGAAACCAAUUGUUUGUUAAUGCAUUCAAAGUAUUGAGAAAAACAAUUAAAUCUCUACAGAUUAACAGUGAUAGUAUUGAGGAUGUUUUAAUUUGUGGCGGGUUUUCCUCAAUACACGGCAUGAAAGAUAGAUUAACACGUGAAAUUAGAGAAAUCUAUCCUAAUCUCAAUUUGGAAUUCAAAUCUGAUGAAAUGGAAGUUAUUGGCGGUGCUAAAAUAAUUUGUAACUUAGCAAAAUUUAAACAACAACUUGAAGCGUUCCAAUUAGACAACAAUAAAUUGCUUAAUUUAAGUUGA